AAGACGCAUCAUGUAUGCAAAGUGGAAGAUAAUGCUCCAUUAGCAAGUAUUGUCCGCGUCUAUUUAUUGCUCAAGAUUCUAAGACUUACGCCUACUUUUUUCUUUCCUUUUUAAUCUUCAACCCCUAACCGGUAACCACUGCUACUCCUCUGCCAAAAAAACUUCUACAGAGAAACAGAGUUUUUCUUUCUUGAUCGAUUCAGAAGAUGGGCGGUGGCAACGCUCAAAAAUCCAAGAUGGCUCGCGAAAGAAACAUGGAGAAGAAUAAAGCUUCUAAAGGAAGUCAAUUAGACGCUAAUAAAAAAGCCUUGAACAUUCAGUGCAAGGUAUGCAUGCAGACAUUUAUCUGCACUACAUCGGAGGUGAAAUGCCGAGAGCAUGCUGAAGCGAAACACCCAAAGCAAGACGUCUAUGCUUGUUUUCCACAUCUCAAGAAAUGACCCAUUUCAGAUCGUUGUAUCAAUGUAUGAAUUUACUUGAACGAGUGGGGAGAAUUCACUUCCCUAUAGAUUGAAAAAGAAAAAUGUAUGGGAAUUAGGAAGUUGAUAGUUAAUAUGUCAUGCCUUGUUGUCUAACGUGUAUCAAAUAAUGAUAUAUAAUAACUUUCGAUGUUGUCUUGGA